GGCCGGGGGCGGGGCUGCGGGCUCGGCCGGAUGCUCGCAGGCGCGGCGGCCAGACGCUGCCCGGCGGUCGGCAGCGCAGGUGACAGCAGUGGCCGGCCAUGCAGGAGCCCCUGCUGGGAGCCGAGGGCGCGGACUAUGACACGUUCCCCGAGAAGCCGGCCCCGUCGCCCGGGGAGAGGACGCGGGUCGGCGCCCUGCAGAACAAGUGGGUGUUCCUGGCCACCUUCGCGGCCGUGCUGGGCAACUUCAGCUUCGGCUACGCCCUGGUCUACACGUCCCCUGUCAUUCCGGCCCUGGAGCGCUCCCUGGAUCCAAACCUGAGUCUGACCAAAACCCAGGCGUCCUGGUUCGGGUCCGUGUUCACCUUGGGCGCCGCGGCCGGGGGCCUCAGUGCCAUGGUCCUCAACGACCUGCUGGGCCGGAAGCUGAGCAUCAUGUUCUCAGCGGUGCCCUCGGUGGCCGGCUACGCGCUCAUGGCGGGCGCCCGUGCCUUCUGGAUGCUGCUGCUGGGCCGGACCCUGACGGGCUUCGCGGGAGGGCUCACGGCUGCCUGCAUCCCGGUGUACCUGUCUGAGAUUGCUCCCCCCCGCGUCCGCGGGGCUCUGGGGUCCACGCCCCAGCUCAUGGCCGUGUUCGGGUCGCUGUCUCUCUAUGCGCUUGGCCUCCUGCUGCCGUGGCGCUGGCUGGCCGUGGCCGGGGAGGGGCCCGUGGUCGUCAUGAUCCUGCUGCUCAGUUUCAUGCCCAACUCGCCGCGCUUCCUGCUGUCCCGCGGCCGCGACGCCGAGGCCCUGCAGGCGCUGGCCUGGCUGCGCGGGGCCCAGGCCGACAUCCGCUGGGAGUUCCAGCAGAUCCAGGACAACGUGCAGAGACAGAGCAGCCGCAUGUCAUGGGCCGAGGCCCGGGACCCCCACAUGUACCGCCCCAUCGCCAUCGCCGUGUUCAUGCGCUUCCUGCAGCAGCUGACGGGCAUCACGCCCGUGCUGGUCUACCUGCAGCCCAUCUUCACCCGCACCGCCGUCCUGCUGCCCCCGCAGGAUGACGCCGCCAUCGUGGGCGCCGUGAGGCUCUUUGCGGUGAUGAUCGCGGCCCUCACCAUGGACCGGGCCGGCCGCAAGGUCCUGCUCUUUGUCUCAGCCUCCAUCAUGUUUGCGGCCAACGUGACACUGGGGCUGUACAUCCACUUGGGCCCCAAGCCUGUGGCCCCCAACAACACCAUGGGCCUCGAGAGCGUGCCCUUGGGGGGCGCAGAGCAGCCCCUGGCCACACCCACCAGCUUCCUCACCCUGGUGCCCCUGCUGGCCACCAUGCUCUUCAUCACGGAACGCCUUCGGCCUGCAGGUGCCUUUCUUCUUCUUCGCCGCCAUCUGCUUGCUGAACCUGGUGUUCACCGGCUGCUGUGUGCCCGAGACCAAGGGCCGCUCGCUGGAGCAGAUCGAGUCCUUCUUCCGGACCGGGAGGAGGUCCUUCCUGCAGUAGGUCAGCGCCCCGCCUGGGGGGCCGCACCCUGGCGGCCAGGCCUUCGUGCUGGCCACCAACCGGAACCCCGAGUCCAGGAGGGAGCAGCCUGCCACCAGCCGGAGACAGCACGGCCAGCAGCACUGAUCCCCGGGGAGCGCCUCCUGGCACCCGACAGCCAUCAGCACCGGCCGCCCUCGGCCCAGCACAGCAGCCAUGGCCGCCCACACAGCGGCCAGGACCCGCCGGCAGAGGAGGCAGCCAUGCGCCGCAGGGGAGCACGCUGCCAGGGAAGCACCGCCCAGGACUGGGGGCCUCAGGCCACACUGGGCAACCUCAGACCGAUUUGCCUACUCGCCCACGGAGGCCGAGAUGAGGACAGACAGCUGGAGGCAGAGGAGUGGCUCCGAGCACCUGGCUGCCACCCAGCACCUAGGCCUGGGGAGGAAGGCGGAAAGCUGCACCCGAGGGCUGGGCGGCACCACGGGCAGCGCUCCGCACUCCCGCAAGCCGGGGCACUGGCCCAGCACAAACACUAACUCCCGCACCGUCUUGACGCGUGGGAACUGAGGGCUCGGCUACCCACUUAGGAAAAUAAAGACAUUGAGCUGUGACCCUGCUGUGGAGCCCUGG